GCCAUGCCACCAACAAUUUAAUCUCCUUCACUGUUAAUUCUCGAUCUGUUGAUAUUUUGUAAGGAGGAAAUGGGUAGAAAGUGCUCACAUUGCGGCAACGCAGGUCAUAAUUCAAGAACUUGCAACUCUCGUGUGGUUUUUGCUGGUGGGCUAAGGCUAUUUGGAGUUCAAUUUCCCUUGUCUUCGAUUCCUAUGAAGAAGAGCUUUAGCACUGACUGUUUGUCAUCGUCUUUAUCUUCACCUUCUUCUUCUUCAACACCUUCUUUAUCCUCGUCGUCACGCGUUGCCAUCCAUCACAGCUCUAAUGGCUAUCUUUCUGACGGCCUUAUUGCGCCUGCUCAAGAGAGGAAAAAGGGGGUGCCAUGGACUGAAGAGGAGCACCGGAUCUUCCUGAUGGGGCUGGAGAAGCUCGGAAAGGGCGAUUGGAGGGGCAUCUCCAAGAAGUUUGUCACCACAAGAACGCCAACUCAAGUAGCCAGCCAUGCACAGAAAUAUUUCCUUAGACAAAGCAGCCUCAACAAAAAGAAACGCCGCCCUAGCCUCUUUGAUGUGGGAAGCAAUACAUUUUCAGAUCAUAAUUCAUUGCCUAAAUGGCUGAAAGAACCGUUCAACUUCAAGCCUGCUUCUUUCAAUUUAACAGUGUUAACAGGAACAAAUGCAGCGCCUAAUUUAGAGCUUACAUUGGCAGCUCCAGCAGUGGCAUUGGAUCAAAGUAAAGCACGCUCAUGCGGCCUUCUAAUUGGACCCAUUAGUGUCACAUGAAUGAUGAUCGAUUCAUGUUAAUUCUCAGAUCGAUGAACAUGAACACAUAUCUUAUGUAUAUUGUCUUUCAUACGAAUUCUCACGGUUUAAUGGCAGAAUCAGAAUGUUCAAAUGGA